AUGGCGCGGAUGGGGGGAAUGUGGAUGCAAAUGAAGUGUACGGAUAUGAUCGUUGAUUUGGAGUCGAAGGAGGAGUAUGCAUCGUCGCUUUACUUGCGGGGUUAUGCUCUAGGCACCUACAGUGCUGACAUAAAGGUUGAGGUGUACAGCAAGGAUGGCGUGCUGUUGGGCUCUGAGUUGAUCCCUAUCGUGCUGAACAGCAGCGUAACACCAGGGACAAACAGUCCAACUGAUGCUGCAGCAGCAGAAGCCUUCAGCAGCUAUGCGAAGGAGAGAGACCAUCAAACACCGCUCUGUGCUGUUCAGCUUGGCUAUACUGGAGACAUUGAGAGUGAGGGGUGGAGUGGAGUAAAAAUUGCUGCAAUUUCCCUUGCCUGCAUUGCCGGCGUCUUGGUGUUAGCCAUAGGAGGCUUUUUCCUUCAUAAGAGACUCACGGGACAGAGAGCAAGCGCCCCAAAACGUAACUCAGCACAAAGCGAGGGCAAGCGAGAAGAGAAGAAGGUUUCAGUUAGAGAGGGCUGGCAGUGA